UCGAAGCCGCCGGGCCGGGCGCUCGGUGGGCUGCAAACUUUCGCGGCGCGAGUCCGCCAAGGCAGAGCGCCGACUCGGGCUCGGUUCGGCUCUGCGCUGCUCCGGACUGCUGUGACCGCUGGCCAGGGGCUCGGGCCGCCGGUACCCACGGACCGCGCGCCCGGGUGCCUGCUCCGCUAAGCCCCUCGCCCCGCGCGGACCCCGGUAUCCAGCGCCCUGCUGCCCGGGCUUUCCCCGCGCGCCCUACUGCCGCGAGGUCAGUCCGCAGUCUCCGGUGCGCCAGCGCUCGCCUUCCUCCUCCUGGACUUCGGCCCUUUGCCGCCCUCACCGCGACAUGGCUCGUGUCCACGCUCGGACCAGCCCGGGACCCGGGCCCCAGCUGCUGCUGCUGCUGCCGUUGUUUCUGCUGUUGCUCCGGGACGUGGCCGGCUGCCACAGGGCCCCCGCCUGGUCCGCACUGCCCGCGGCCGCCGACGGCCUGCAGGGGGACAGGGAUCCCCAGCGGCCCCCUGGGGACGCGGCCGCCACGUUGGGCCCCAGCGCCCAGGACAUGGUCGCUGUCCACAUGCACAGGCUCUAUGAGAAGUACAGCCGGCAGGGCGCGCGGCCGGGAGGGGGCAACACGGUCCGCAGCUUCAGGGCCAGGCUGGAAGUGGUCGACCAGAAGGCCGUGUAUUUCUUCAACCUGACUUCCAUGCAAGACUCGGAAAUGAUCCUUACGGCCACUUUCCACUUCUACUCAGAGCCGCCUCGGUGGCCUCGAGCGCUCGAGGUGCUAUGCAAGCCGCGGGCCAAGAACGCUUCAGGCCGCCCGCUGCCCCUGGGCCCGCCCGCACGCCAGCACCUGCUCUUCCGCAGCCUCUCGCAGAAUAAGGCCACACAGGGGCUACUCCGCGGGGCCAUGGCCCUGGCGCCCCCGCCGCGCGGCCUGUGGCAGGCCAAGGACAUCUCCCCCAUCGUCAAGGCGGCCCGCCGGGAUGGUGAGCUGCUCCUCUCCGCCCAGCUGGAUUCUGAGGAGAGGGACCCGGGGGUGCCCCGGCCCAGCCCCUAUGCGCCCUACAUCCUAGUCUACGCCAACGAUCUGGCCAUCUCGGAGCCCAACAGCGUGGCGGUGACGCUGCAGAGAUACGACCCCUUCCCUGCCGGAGACCCCGAGCCCCGCGCAGCCCCCAACAGCUCAGCGGACCCCCGCGUGCGCCGAGCCGCGCAGGCCACUGGGCCCCUCCAGGACAAUGAGCUGCCGGGGCUGGAUGAGAGGCCGCCGCGUGCCCCCGCGCAGCACUUCCACAAGCACCAGCUGUGGCCCAGCCCCUUCCGGGCGCUGAAACCCCGGCCAGGGCGCAAAGACCGCAGGAAGAAGGGCCAGGAGGUGUUCAUGGCCUCCUCGCAGGUGCUGGACUUCGACGAGAAGACGAUGCAGAAAGCCCGGAGGAAGCAGUGGGAUGAGCCGAGGGUGUGCUCCCGGAGGUACCUGAAGGUGGACUUCACAGACAUCGGCUGGAAUGAGUGGAUAAUCUCACCGAAAUCUUUUGAUGCCUACUACUGCGCGGGAGCAUGUGAGUUCCCCAUGCCUAAGAUCGUUCGUCCAUCCAACCAUGCCACCAUCCAGAGCAUUGUCAGGGCUGUGGGCAUUGUCCCUGGCAUCCCAGAGCCCUGCUGUGUUCCCGAUAAGAUGAACUCCCUUGGGGUCCUCUUCCUGGAUGAGAAUCGGAAUGUGGUUCUGAAGGUGUACCCCAACAUGUCCGUGGACACCUGUGCCUGCCGGUGAGACCACUCCAGGGUGGAAAGAAGCCAUGCCCAGCAGAGCCGCUUUCUCGGAGCCUUCUGCAGCCAGGACUUGUGGUGCAGCUGCAGACACAGAGCAGAGCUCAUGGGCAACAUCACUGGGGCCCAGAGAGAGAUGUCCGCCAGUGCAUCAUUAGGGGGUCUUUCAUUGCUAGUGACUAGCCCCUUAAAUGCCAGCCUGAGUCCCUGAAGGAAUCUGGGAAUUAGCCCUGGCCUGAAAGUGGCCCAUCAUUCAUACCCACUGUUCUGAAGGCUUGAAAACAAAACGUGUCCACAACAUUGGCUUGAUGUGAUCAUCAUCUCAUAACUGAGCAAGAAGACUAUGCAAGUCUUAGGGAACUCGCUCUCUGCACACGGAAAGAACUCUGUUUAAAUGCUCAGUUCAGAACACUUUGGGCCACAUAGUGAUUUUGGAAAACAGGAUAAUCGUGGUGUAAAUGGGUGUUUCCUUUCAAAGUCCACUGCAGAGCUUUUAUCCAUACAGUAUGCACAUGUAACCAAUAUAGGUUUCUUUUUCUUAAAAUAUAUAUUUUAUUUUAGAACAACAAAAAAGAAGGGCGUUGACACCAUUCCCCACAGAGAUAGUCAUGCUGAGUGUGGGUUGUUUAAACAUGCAUAUUGAAAAAACACAUAUAGUAACGUGGGAAUACUAAAAAAUAACCAAGAUUUUAUAUUUUUGUAAAUUAUACUUUCUAUACUGUAGAUUGUGUAUGUUAUGUGUUUUUAUGGAAAGCUAAUAAAUUAAAGGUACAGUGGUAUCUUGAAAAA